AUGGCCACGACGCACUACUGGACGUCGGUCUUGCAUGCGCAUGGAGGUGAUCAGGAGAAGCUGAAGGAGAUCGUGGUCAAGGAUGCAGAGGUUGUCGGAAUCCUGGCGGCCCUUGUGCUCACAAUCACCGUGGCUGGCCUGGCCAUCGUCGAUGCCAAGCUCGCACAGUCGUCCUGGGUGCGGGCGGUCUACGUGGCCCUGGGAUUUUGCAGUUUCGUUUGUUCACUGAUCUCUCUUCUGAUAUCCUCACGGCUGCUCCUUGCCAUCAACAAGCUUCACGCGAAAGACGUCUUGUUUUGCCUGGGGGAAUUGGACAAGAUGGGUGCUGUGAACGGCUAUUGGUGGUUCGGCUGGAGUCUACAAUUUCUGCUGUUCGCGGUUCUGCUAUCCGUGUACAUGCUUUAUGACGGCAUGUGCUUCGGCAUCUCUUGCGCGCUCACCCUGCUUCCUUUGUGGACCAUGUACCGCCUGCACAAAGCACAUGUAGGCGUGGUCUGGCCCUUGGUGAAUUUCUCACCUGUCACGGCAGCCAGCCAAGACGAAUCCUCCGAUUCUGCCAGCUUUUUGCCCUAG